GGCGUUUUAUAUGAUUUAUUUUUUGCGUUUUCGAAUCCAUGACCGUUAUUCUUUAAUUGCAAUUUGCGGACUGUUUCAGCCAAUAUUUUAAAAUCUACAUCUAUUAUAUUCUAAUUUUAUCACUAUAGUAGUAAUGGAUUUCUAUUCCUUACUAACUUAUUGGUUUUUGUCAUGAUAUUCCUUUCAGAUUCUGUGAACCUCUAGUGUUGAAAUCACACAAUUUUGGAUUUCGUGAUCCAGAAUCAACAUCAUAAAGCAGACUCAAAUUAACCUAAGGCCUGAUAUUGCAUUCGAUUAAAAAUGAAUCCUGCUAACUUGCUAUCAGCCGCAAAGUCUGGAACUGCAAGCAGUAUAAUGGAAAUUCUGAGAAAACCUGUCUGCAUUCUGAGGCUUGUUGCAAUCAUAGUUUCUGUGAUAGUAUUUGGUUCUAUAUCAUCAGGUUGUCAUACACACCAAGGUAUUUGUAUUUUUGGAGCGACAUCUAGUGCUUGUAAUCUCCCUGUUGCAAUUGGCGUCUUUGCCUUUCUUGGUGAAAUUCUUUUUCUCGUCAGCGAUUUUAUGUUUGAUUCAAUCUCCAACUUGAAAAGACGAAAACAUCUUAUAAUUGGGGAUUUGGGAUUCUCAGGUUCAUGGACAUUUCUAUGGUUUGUUAGCUUUUGUUUACUUGCUAACAAAUGGACAAAUACUUCUGAUGAAUGGCUUGGACAACAUAAAGUUGAAGGAUGGCAAGAAAGUAAUGCUCGUUCAGCAAUUGUUUUUUCUUUCGCAUCCAUUGCAAUUUGGGGUGGAAUCACAUUUUUUGCAUUGCAACGAUUUCGACUAGAUCAAACUAGUCUCAAUCCAGAAGGACUAGGCGAACCUGGUUCAACUAUGGAUCCGAAUAUUGGUGCUCCAGGUCAAGCAUAUCCUGGUAUGAUGUCUGAUCCGAUGAGCCAACAACAGCAACAACAAACACCUUAUGGUGGAAAUAUUCAACAGGCACCUGGUGUAGGAGGUAGUGGCGGCGGUGGUCAAUAUUAUGGACCAACUUACUAACGAACGGACUAGAUAGAGGAAGUACAACAAUUCUAAAAUAAAAAUUUAACAGCCAAGAUAUUAUUGUUUGAUCUCUCAUUAUAUGGUUUAAAGUUGAAUGAAAUAUAUAUAUGAAUGAAUUUUGAUUUCCCAUAAGUGUAGUUGAUUUCAUUGUUGCUAUUCAUCAUUCCAUUGGUUAUUAUUAUUAUUAUUACUAUUACUACUAUUAUUAUUAUUAUUCUGAGCCCUUUUUAUACCACUGAAUCGAUUUCAGUUUUUAUUUAUAUACUACUACCCUACUUUUCUUCAUUACCUAAAAUGAGAUCAGGGGUUGAAAAAGAAUAACACGCGAGACCAUUCCAUAAAUUUUAAAAGUUUGAACUAUUGCUUCUUUUUUGUCCCGUCAGACAUUCCAUUAAACUUUGAUGCAUUUCUAUUUAAAGCAUAUUUUAUAUAUAUAUAUACAUAUAUACUUCUUGUCUCAAUGAUGUUGUCUUUUUCAUGUUGAAUUGCUUUUAGUGGUAUUUACGUUGUAUUUAGCAUAAUAUUUGAAUAUAUAUAUAUACAUAGAUAUGCAUAAAUAUGUAUAUCACCAGUAAUAAAUAAAACUUCUGUUCAA